GCCUGCGGUGCAAGGGGCAGACCAUUUACCAGCAGGUCUUGUCCAUGGAGAGACCCAGCAGCCUGCAGGGCUGGAACUGGGGCUACUGCGGCCACUACGCCUUUUACCAUGCCCUGUACCCCCGCGCCUGGCUGGUCUACGAGCUGCCGGGGCAGCAGGUGGUGCUCACCUGCCGGCAGGUCUCUCCCGUCAUCCCCCAUGACUAUAAGGACUCCAGCUUGCCAGUGGCAGUGUUCAUCUGGGAGGUGGAGAACGGGAGGGAUGAGGACGUGGAAGUGUCCAUCAUGUUCAGCCUGCAGAACGGCAUGGGAACGAAGGAGGAUGGGAGCGGCGGGCACUGGAACGAGCCCUUCACCUUCCAGAAGGAUGGCGAGCGGGUUGCUGGGGUCCUGCUGCACCACUGCCCGGCCGUGAACCCCUUCACCCUGGCCAUCUCUGCCCGGGAGAAGGCUGGCACGGGAGUCACCCAUGUUACGGCAUUCAAUCCCACGGGAUUGGGUAGAGAGGUGUGGCAGGACCUCCUGCAGGAUGGCAGGCUGGAUUCACCCGCUGGUGAGUGCCUCCAUCCUUGGUGGGAUAGGUGGAGGAGGAGCAGGGGAAGUGGGUGGCCAUGAGGUUUUGGGCACCCAAGCCAGGGCAGAGCUCUUUCCUCCAGCCCCCUUGGCUGUUAAAAAUCUCUCCAGGAUGUUGUGCCUUGUUCCCAAAUGCAGGCUGUAUCCAAACUUCCCAUUGCUAGUCCUUGCUGUGGUUCUCCAAAAGCUGUUCAUACCACUU